GGCGCAUGCUUGCAUCUGCUCCUGAGGAUUAUUCCCCGCUGAAUGCGGGGCUCACCUCCGUCUCAGCCGGAGUCCUCGUGGAGCCCACGUGGUGGGCGGCGCCGCCUCACUGGCCCCUUCUCCCCCUGGGCACCAGUGGCUGCCCUGCCCCGCUCCACUUGCCGGCUCCAGCCACAGGGGCGAGUCUCAGUGCAGGACACAAGUCAGAAGAUCUCAUGCGGGGCCGGCAGGGGAUGGGGCCCGUGAAUGGUUACGGAAAAGCAUUGGUGCCACUGGAGACCCAAACCAAAAGAAGCCCCGAUGCCAUUAGGGCUGGGAGAAGCAGAGAAUUCGGGGAGGAAAUGGCGCAGGAGGUCCUGGGUGAGGACAUGGCCAGCCCACACGUGCAGCUGCAGCGUUUCAGGCGCCUCCACUACGAGGCAGCCAAGGGACCCCGGAAGGCCUGCAGCCAAGUCCAUCAACUUAACAGUCAGUGGCUGAAGCCGGAGCGACACACGAAAAAUCAAAUGCUGGACUUGGUGGUGCUGCAGCAGUUCCUGGCUGUCCUGCCGGCGGAGAUGGCCAGCUGGGUGAAGGAAUGCGGAGCGGAGACGAGUUGCCAGGCAGUGGCCCUGGCGGAGGGCUUCCUCCUGAGCCAGGCCGAGGACAGGAGGCAGGAGCAGCAGCAGCAGGAUCUUAUUGCAGAAUUGGGACCUGAUUCCCCUGCAUGGAAAGAGGCUCCAUUGGGCACAAGGAAGAGCUUGGCACAAAGGGGGAUCUGGCCGGAGGAAGACGGAUGUGCUGCCUGGCAGGGGGCUGGAAUGAGGCCAGCGGUGGGUGCUCAGCCUUCUCUUGUGGAACCAGAUGGAGUGGAACCUGAGCAGGGUCACGUGUCUUUUGAGGAGGUCGCCGUGUGCUUCACGGAGGAGGAGUGGGCCCUGCUGGAUGCCGACCAGAGAGCCCUGCACAGCCAGAUCAUGGAGGAGAACCGAGGGACCGUGGCCUCUCUCGAAAGUGACAGGUGGAAAAUGGAGAGUAUGAGAAAACCAUGUGGAAUAUCACUGAAAAUAGACAAAGGUAUGAAUAGCAAAGAGCAGGAAAGGAAAACGGAUCUAAAUCAGAAUAGGAGGAAUAAUUUCUUUGCUUCUGAGAACAACGGCGACCAUGAUAUCACAAUCAAACAAGAAAUCCAUAAAAUUCAGGAAAAGGAUCAGUGCUAUGAAAAUAAGAAAACUUUCCCUUCUACAUCAAGUACCUCAUUGAAGAAAAGGUAUACUUGCACAGAGUGUGGAAAGCCCUUCAAUCGGAAGAUAGAUCUAACAUGUCAUCAAAGAACUCACACAGGAGAGAAACCAUAUAUAUGCCUGGAGUGUGGAAAAGGUUUCAGUCACAAGAUAACUCUCAUUUGUCAUGAAAGAAGACACACAGGGGAGAAACCAUUUCAUUGCUUGCAAUGUGGAAAGAGCUUCAGUCAGAAAAUACACCUAACACGUCAUCAAAGAACUCACAGUGGAGAGAAACCAUAUCAGUGUUUGAAGUGUGAAAAGAGCUUCAGUCAGAAAAUACAUCUAACACAUCACCAAACAACCCAUACAGGAGAGAAACCCUAUCAUUGUAUGAAAUGUGGAAAGAGCUUCAGUCAUAAGGUAACUCUAACUAGUCAUCAAACACUUCACACAGGGGAGAAACAAUUCCUUUGCUUGCAUUGCGGAAAGAGCUUCAGUCAGAAGAAGACUCUGAAUUCUCAUCAAAGAACGCACACUGGUGAGAAACCGUUUCAGUGUCUGGAGUGUGGAAAGGCCUUCAGUCAUAAUACUAACCUUCGUUCUCAUCAGAGAACUCACACUGGAGAAAAACCAUAUCCAUGCAAUGAGUGUGGAAAGUGCUUUAGUCAGAAGAUAGCUCUCACUACACAUCAAAGAACACACACUGGGGAGAAACCGUUUCAUUGCUUAGAAUGUGGAAAGAGAUUCAGUCAGAAUAGCCAUCUUCGUACCCAUCUAAGAACUCACACAGGGGAGAGACCUUAUCAUUGCCGGGAAUGUGGAAAGAGCUUCAGGGAUAAAUCAAAUCUCACUUCUCAUCAACAAACCCACAAAGGGGAGGAAGAAUUUCAUUGUUUGGAGUGUGGAAAGCAGUUCAGUGACAAUCAACCUUGUUCCCAUCAAAAAACUUACAAAAAGGGGAAAACACAUCAGUGUUUAGAAUGUGGAAAGAGCUUUGGGCACAAGACAAGUCUCACCCAACAUCAGAGAAUUCACACAGGGGAGAAACCAUUUCAUUGUCUGGAAUGUGGAAAGAGCUUUGGGCAUAAAUCACAUCUUACUACUCAUCAGCGAACCCACACAGGGGAGAGACCAUUUCAGUGUUGGGAGUGUGGAAAGUGCUUCAGUGAAAAUGGCCAUCUUCGUUCCCAUCAAAUAACUCACACAGGGGUGAAACCACAUCAUUGUUUCCUAUGUGGAAAGAGCUUUGGGCAGAAGGCAAGUCUCACCCAACAUCAGAGAACUCACACAGGGGAGAAACCAUAUCAUUGUCUGGAAUGUGGAAAGAGAUUCAAACAUAAAACAGCUCUCACUUCUCAUCAACAAACCCACACAGAGAAGAAACCAUAUCAUUGUUUGGAGUGUGGAAAGCACUUUAGUCCCAAUUAUCUUUGUUCUCAUCAAAGAAACCCCAUGCGGGAGACACCACAUAAAUGUUUAGAAUGUGGAAAGAACUUCAAACACAAGAUAAGUCUCACUCUGCAUCAGCGAAUUCACACAGGAGAGAAACCAUUUCAUUGUCUGGAAUGUGGAAAGAGCUUCACUCGAAAGACGUAUCUCACUAGUCAUCAACGAACCCACACAGGGGAGAAACCGUAUCAUUGUCUGGAAUGUGGAAAGAGAUUCAGUCACAGUAGCCAGCUUUGUUGCCAUCUAAGAACUCACACAGGAGAGAAACCAUUUACAUGUGCGGACUGUGGAAAGUGUUUCAGUCGUAAGACACAGUGCAGUUUGCAUCAAAGAACCCACACAGGAGAGAAACCAUUCCAUUGUCUGGCAUGUGGAAGGAGGUUCAGUCAGAAAGUAAGUCUCAUUCGGCAUCAAAGAACUCACCCAGGAAUGUCUUUUGAAUGAUUAUUUGUUUUAUUGGUCGAAAAUAAUAAAAACUUGACCCCGCCAACCCCCCCAAAAAAGAACGUACCCAGGGGAGAGAAACCUUAAUCAUUGUCUGGAAUGUGGAAAGGACUUCAGUCAUUUCUCGUGUGUCAUCAACGAAUUCACACUGUGGAAUACCAUCUCAUUGUUUAGACUGUACAAAGAGCUUCAGUAGGAAAGUAACUGUCACUUCCCAUCAAAGUAUUCGUGUGGGAAAAUGAUCUCUUUCUUUGGAAAAUUAAAAGCCUUUCAGACAGAAUCAUUUUUGUUCCCAUCAAAAAACCCCCAUGCAGGAGAAACCACAUUGAUGCUUAGAUGUUGAAAGAGCAUCAGUGGGAAUAGAAGUCUCACUCAGCAUCAAAUAUUACAGGGGAGAAACUGGCAUUGUCAGGAUCGCAGAAGGAGAGCUGGUCACAAUACCCAUCUUCAUCUGCAGUAACGAACCCACGCAGGAGAAACCCUGUCCUUGUUCAGACUCUGGAAAGAACUGCAGCCAAGUUCACCCAGCAUCAAGGAAUGCACACCAGGUGUUACCAAUUGCGAUACCAGAAAAAGUUUUUCAAGAUUGGCAGUUGCAAUUAAAUCGUUUUAUUUGGAAUGGCAAGAACCCAGGGAUCACAAUUUAAAAUCCUUCAGGAUGGAAAGGAGAA